GCCUGGGUGGCUCAGUUGGUUAAGCGACUGCCUUCGGCUCAGGUCAUGAUCCUGGAGUCCCGGGAUCAAGUCCCGCAUCGGGCUCCCUGCUCGGCGGGGAGUCUGCUUCUCCCUCUGACCCUCCUCCCUCUCAUGCUCUCUCUCAUUCUCUCUCUCUCAAAUAAAUAAAUAAAAUCUUUAAAAAAAAAAAAAAUAAGAAGACGCUUAACUGACUAAACUGAAGUCAGACGCUUAACUGACUAAGCUACCCAGGCGCCCCCUUGAUUCCUCUCUUUCUCUCAUCCCCAAGGCUUCUGACCUCGAAGGGGAUGACUGCUCGUAGGUGAGGGUGGAUGCAGAACAGGGAAGCCCAGCUGGAGGCAGACUUGUCUGUCAUCACUCUUUCGCUUAGCUCUUGGCCAUAUGGGUGUCUCCACAUACUUGUUGCCCAUACACUUAAUGUCUUAAGAAUGAUCUGAUGGGAAGAGGUAUGUUUAUAGGGCCCAAAGGGGAAAUAAAAAGGAUGGAACUCAGUCACAGAGACGCAGUGAAAAACCCUCUUCAUUGAUGCUAAUGAUGGUAGCAUGCAGGCAAAACCAGAGGCGGCCAAUGAGGGGCAGUUGGUAGGCCUAGUGGUAACUGAACCCAUGGGAAAUUUGCAUCCUCCCUGAACUGAGCUCACCUUUCCCCAGCAGCCUGAGCAUCUGCCUUCUUCUUUUUUUUUUUUUUUUAAAGAUUUUAUUUAUUUAUUUGAGACAGAGAGAAUGAGAGAGAGCACAUGAGAGGGGAGAGGGUCAGAGGGAGAAGCAGGCUCCCUGCCGAGCAAGGAGCCCGAUGCGGGACUCGAUCCAGGGACUCCAGGAUCAUGACCUGAGCCGAAGGCAGUCGCUUAACCAACUGAGCCACCCAGGCGCCCUGCCUUCUUUUUUUUUUAAGAUUUUAUUUAUUUAUCAGAGAGAGAGAGACAGAGGCAGGCAGAGGGAGAAGCAGGCUCCUUGCUGAGCAAGGAGUCCGAUGUGGGACUCAAUCCCAGGACCCUGGGAUCAUGACCUGAGCCAAAGGCAGACGCUUAACCAACUGAGCCACUCAGGCGUCCCGAGCAUCUGCCUUCUAAGUGAACUGUGAUUCAGCCGUAGAGCAUGAGCAGUCUUCUCACACCCCCAGGGAAGAUCAAAAGAGGGACGGUGGGAGGGGGAAGGGAGGAGGCCAGGGAGCAAGAUGCAAGGGUCGGAGAGCUGACAGAGGGGCCGAAAUGCAGCCAGCACUCUCAGCCUUCUUCAUGCUGCUCUUUGUCCUGCUGUGUCUCCUGGGAAUCCUGGCCAACGGCUUCAUUGUGCUGGUGCUGAGCAGAGAAAGGAUGCGGCGUGGGAGGCUGCUUCCCUCCGACAUGAUCCUCAUUAGCUUGGGUGCCUCCCACUUCUGCCUGCAGUGGGUUGGAAUGGUGAACAACUUCUACUACUUCCUCCACCUGAACGAGUACAGCCAAGGUCCUGCCUGGCAACUCACUGGUCUCCACUGGGACUUCCUGAACUCGGCCACCUUCUGGCUUGGCUCUUGGCUCAGUGUCCCCUUCUGCAUGAAGAUUGCCAACUUCACCCACCCCAACUUCCUCUGGCUGAAGUGGAGGUUCCCAGGGUCAGUGCUCUGGCUCCUCAGGGCUUCUCUCCUGAUCUCUUUCAUCGUCACCCUGCUCUUCUUUUGGGGAGACCAUGCUGUGUAUCAAGGAUUCUUAAUUAGAAAAUUUCCUGGGAACAUGACCUUCAAGCAGUGGAGCUGGAGGCUGGAAAUUCACUCUUUCUUGCCCCUGAAACUUAUCAUGUCAGUUCCCUGCUCUGUCUGUCUGUUCUCAAUUGCACUGUUGAUUAAUUCUCUGAGGGGACACACAGGGAGGAUGCAGCGCAGCACCCACAGCCCGCAGGACCCCAGCGGCCAGGCUCAUACCAGAGCUCUGAAGUCACUCAUCUCCUUCCUCAUUCUUUAUGCUCUGUCCUUCGCAUCCCUGGUCAUCGAUGCUGCAGGUUUCUUCUCCUCAGAGAGUGACUGGUACUGGCAAUGGCAGAUUUUAAUCUACCUGUGCACAUCUGUCCAUCCCUACAUCCUCAUCCUCAGCAACCUCCGGCUUCGAGGGGUGUGCAGUCAGCUACUUCUGUUGGCCAGGGGCUUCUGGCUGGCCUAGGUGGCAUGGUCCCACCCAGACCCCUGGAAGAGACUCAGAGACAAUGAUGGAGCCAGUGCCCACUUACAUGGAAAUAGCUUCACAGGCAGCUAUCCACUGGAUUCUACUCUGGGCUUCCUCCUUUGGGAAGGAGAGGAGGGAAGUCAAAUCUGGGGAUUCUCUGAACGAGAUUCCUUCCUUGGGACAUUGUUAAAUGUCCUCAGAGAGCCAGUAUUGUCCAGAAAUUCAGAAUGUAAAGUUUUGUUUACUCUCUAUUUUGUGUCCCCUCCAUUAUGUGGCAGCUUUCAGUUAAGAAGUCUUGAUGAAAAAUUACAUGUGAUCUCAAUAGCCUCCCAGGGAAUGAACUAGGGUGUGGAUGGGGAAGGAGCAUCCCUCUUGAGGAUGAUGUAAUGGUUGCGACGGGAGCCCCAGGGGAUGGUGGCUGUGGCUGACGGUGGUCAGGGCUGUGAGGUCUAACAGCCCUCCCUUUUGUGGAGAUUCUUUUUCCUUCUCCACCCUGGGAGAAUUUGGUUUUAAUUUUAUAAAAACUACCGGAAGGUUUCUUUACAGCAACCCAUCUCUUUUCUUAUUAUUAUUUCCAUUGUUCUGCCUUCGGUUUUCUCCCCUCUGAGGUCUAAGUGGCAGCCAGACUUUUUCCAUGUUUAUUCUUCCUUUAGAAUCACACAUUGUAAUUUUCCACAUUUUCAUAUUGUCUCUGGAACUUUGUUGUUUUUCCUCAAGCAAGUCACAAAGUCACAUGGGAAUUGAAUAAACAUGUACUUUGAGUUCUGAAAAACGAAGACUCAAGCGUUUCAUUUAGUUUGUGUCCAAAAACUAUUUAACCUCUUUUUGUUUUUAAGAAUCACCCUAUUAAAUCUUAUGUUGAAAUAUUGUUUUGAAAUAGCUUGCUCCAUUUACUGUACAAACAUUUCUAGAAAUAACUUUGGAAAAAAUUCUCUUUAGAGUUGGGUGCCUCUAAGGCAGGCUUAAAAGUUUUUGCUCAAAGGCCCCAGUGUGCAAAUUUCAGGAUCUAACUUGCAAUUGGAUGUCUGGUAGGGAGAAAUUUUAACGUCCUCUGAGAGUGAAAGUAGUUUCCCUGCUGAUUAGGGUAUAUGCUGCUGAGUGGAACUACACUCAUGAACUAAAAUCUCUGUGCAGAUUAUUCCAUAUUUUUACUUUAAACAUUUAUUUUUUAAUAGGUUACAUUUGCAUGGCUAAAAAUUCAAAAGGUACUCAAGAGUAUAUAUAAAAAAAUCUCAUAACUUCCCCUUCUGAGGCAUUCUCAUCAGUUUUAUGUCUGUCCUUCUAGAGAGAUUUCAUUCUGUAGCAGAAAGCCACCAAGAGCUAACUACCAAACCAGUCAACUAACUUACUUAUGUACUUACUUAUAUAUUCCACACAAGGAACUCACUAACCAACUGACUUAUUAGCUGUGUUCUUUCUCCUUGUGUCCUUCUACACAGAUGCGUGCACAGUAUGCAUGCUGUUCCGCUCCUUGCUCUUCCUACUUAACAUAUCUUGGAGAUCUACAUG